AAUAUUUUAGCUAACUAAAGCCAAAGUUAUCCAUUAAAAAUAGUUCUUGGCACAAACUAGCUGGAGGUGGAUGAAAUAAUAGCAAAAAUUCCCAGAAGAGGGACAGACGUUUGUCAAAAUAUAGUCCCGAAAAGCAUCCAAAAAAAGCAUGGAGAUAGCUAAAUGUUUUUUCUUAAAAGUUAGUUUCAAGAAAGAAACCCCCAAAACCGAGAACCCACAAGUAUUGUGAUUUGUCUGUGGACCGAAUUUUGACCUUGAAACUAGGACAUAACAACCGUUACAACCGUUGUAUUAGAACUUAAACAUGGCCAAGGAAUGAAGAAGAACACCAACUCGUAUGUAACGUAAUGUUGAUAAGAUUCUCCUGAGAGGUGCAGUCAGUGCCGGUCAUCUUCCUUCUGGCCCCUCCCCCAUCCACUGAGUUAUGCAGUAUUUCAGAGUUGAGGAGGGUUGGGAAAGACAGUCAUUACAGAGACAGAGGAACCAGGCACUGUUUUCCUCACACACUUCAGACCGUCUCAACCACUGGCACCAAUGUCAAUGGAACCAGAUGAAGUCAUGUCCAUGGGCUCAGAUGUGCGUGAUUUCACUCUCCUCACUCCGGCGCCUCUAUUGCCCUCCUUAUCAGCAGCUGGUGGUGGCUGUGGGAUGUCCGUUAAUGGUGGACACUGGACAGACCUCCAUCCCACCCUUCCUUACAGCCCCGUGUCCUAUCCAUCACUGAUGAGACAGGAAUUAGGUUGGGGGACUGAACCCUUGGAGGACCCUCACUAUGGACUCGGGGCCUUCACUGUGCACUUCUCAGGCCAGUUCACGGGGACAGGACCCUAUGGAGUCGGAGCAACUGGGGAGCAGACCGCAGGUCAACCAAGAACGUUUCCCAGUGGAACGUACCUGUCCAGCUGUAUGGACAGUCCGUCUGGGGCCUGGAACCAGGUGGAGCAGCAGUACGCAGCUCCUCCUUCUUCUCCUCCACCUCCCAUGUAUGGAUGCCACAAUCUUCCAGAUUCGUGUCCCAACAGUCAGGCACUGCUGCUCAGAAACUACAACCGUGAUAACAUGCACCAAAUGGCAUCUCAGCUAGAGUGUGUGACACGUCAAAUAAACACAGUCACAGCAUCCAUGAAGAACAACAACCACAACUGCAGUUACGACAGCGAGCCCACAGCCACUCCUCCACCUGUACUACUCAGUGCUGAGUACCACAUCCACACACACAGCGUCUUCAGAGAAGUACAGGACGUCAGACGAGUACCAGGCACCGCUACUCCCGUUACCAAGUCAGAGUCCAUUGAUAAGCGUCCGUUUUCUUGUACUUAUCCAGGCUGCAGCAAGAGGUAUUUCAAAAUGUCACAUCUGUUGACGCAUGGACACAAGCACACAGGAGAGAAACUUUACCAGUGUGAUUUGAAAGAAUGUGGUCGUAAAUUCUCUCGCUCGGACCAGCUGAGGAGACACCAGCGUAUACACACAGGAGUGAAGCCGUUUCAGUGUAAGAUCUGUGAGAAAAAGUUUUCACGGUCCGAUCACCUUAAGACACACACUCAGAUUCACACAGGAGAGAAGCGAUUCACCUGCCGCUGGUACGACUGUCAUCAGAAGUUUACCCGCUCUGAUGAGUUAUUGCGUCACCGCAGGAUGCACCAGAGGAAUCUAACCAGGCUGAAACCUGCCCUCUGAAAGGUUCAAGGUUCUGGUGGAUAAAACAGAAGUCUACAUGUUGGGGUCAACUGACCAAUCCUUAUAUCCUGGUGAUGAGCCGCUUCGCUGGAUCAGCCUCUACGCUGACGAUGCUGUUCUUGCAGACUCACUUAAGAACCACUAGGUGUAAAACAUGGACCUAAGACUAGGACGGAUCCCAAAACCACAGGAAAUGGGCUAAAGAAAUUGAUUUUCUGCCCUCAGGCACACCGAACAACAGUUGGGUCUUGAAAAGUGACAAUAUAAAUAAACAUAAAAACUAUAUUGUUGAAUAAAUGCAUGGUCUUACCCUUCAAGUGCCUUAAGGGGAAACCUUUAAUUUCCUGGGCUAGCAGGGCCACAAUCUUUCCAAUGUAAAUACAUAUCAAACUCUAAAGAAUGUGCAAAUGUAAAACUAUAAUUAAUUUUCAAAUUGUUUUGUUUGUCUUUAAUCAAAGUGAAAAUAAAGGCAGUAUUUUUGUAUUAAAGAAA